AUGUCGAAACCAAUUCUGUAUUCAUACUGGAGAUCUUCUUGUUCUUGGCGUGUUCGAAUCGCUCUUGCUCUGAAAAACAUUGAGUAUGACUACAGACCAAUCGAUCUUUUUUCGGAGGAAUCCAAGAACAACGCGGAAUUCGUGAAACACAACCCGGCCAAGAAGGUUCCAACUCUCAUAAUCAAUGGAUUAUCUCUGACUGAAAGUCUCGCUAUAAUCGAGUAUUUGGAUGAAGCCUAUCCGGAUCCCCCGUUUCUUCCAAAGGAAUUGGAUAAGAGAGCCUAUUCUCGUGCUAUUGCUCUUCAUAUUGUCUCCAGUAUCCAACCCCUACAAGCCAUCAGCAUCCACAAGAUGUUAAAUGAAAAGGAAGCGGGAUACGGUGAUUUUUGGUGCAAUCACUUCGUGACACGUGGAUUUGAUGCUCUCGAAGAGCUCUUGAGAAAGUAUUCUGGAAAAUAUUGUGUUGGCGACCAGCUGACAAUCGCCGACAUCAACAUUCCUUCGAUUAUUUAUAAUGCCAAAAUAUACAAAGUCGACAUGUCUCCGUAUCCAACACUUGUCAGAAUCGCUGGAACACUCGAAGAGGAUCCACGAUUCCAGGCGGCACAUCCAGAUCGUCAACCGGAUGCUCCAAAAAAGAACUGA